CCUGGGAAAGCUUCCAGCACUGGGCCAACUGUGGAAACAGCUGGGCUUUGUGCCAGCCUUUUGGAGGGAGGGGGAGCUCAGAGCUGGUACAGUGAGUGUAUCAAGCAGGGGCUGGUGUAGCCUGUCGCCUUCCUCAGCGUCUCGCUGCUGCUCCUGUUUCAGGAGAGAAACUACUCUCUACAGAGCUGUGGUCAAGCAGAGUCUCGCCGAGAGGUCCUUGUUCUAGACGCUGCAAAAUAAACUGCGGUAUUUGGGGACCAUGGCUGCAGACCCGCUCUCGGAGCUUCAGGAUGACCUGAACUUGGAUGAUACCAACCAGUCCCUCAGCCAGCUCAAACUGGCCUCCAUAGAUGAUAAGAGCUGGCCAGCAGAUGAAGCCCCUGCUUUUCCCAAAUCAGAGGACUCCAAAGGCUCCCCGGAGCCCAUCACUCACCUGCAGUGGGAUGAUCCCUACUAUGAUAUCGCACGGCACCACAUUGUGGAAGUAGCAGACCAGGGUGCACUUGAUGGGGCCCAACCAGGUGAUGACAAAUACGGAAGGAAAGUAAUUUUGUUCAGUGCCUGCCGGAUGCCCCCAAGUCAUCAACUUGAUCACGUGAAACUGCUGGGGUACCUGAAAUUCACGCUGGACCAGUAUGUGGAGAGUGAUUACACACUGGUGUACCUGCACCACGGCCUGACCAGUGAGAACAAGCCAUCCCUGAGCUGGCUGCGGGAUGCCUACAGGGAAUUUGAUCGCAAGUACAAGAAGAACAUCAAAGCCUUGUAUAUUGUGCACCCAACCAUGUUCAUCAAGACCCUGCUGAUUCUCUUCAAGCCUCUGAUCAGCUUUAAGUUUGGACGAAAGAUUUUUUAUGUGAACUUCCUUAGUGAGCUGGAGGAGUAUGUGAAGCUGGAACAGUUGGGGAUCCCAAGCCAAGUGCUGAAGUAUGAUGAAUAUCUGAGAUCUCUGCAGAAACCUUCACAAGUGCCCCAGAAGCCAACACCCCCGCGCCCACCGCUGCCAAACCAGCAGUUUGGAGUCUCGCUCCAGCAUCUCAGGGAGAAGAACCCUGAUCAGUCUCCUGUUCCUCUGGUGGUCAGAGACACCAUUGCUCAUUUGCAGGAGCAUGCUCUUGCUACAGAGGGGAUUUUCCGGAGAUCAGCAAAUACACAGGUUGUCAGGGAGGUGCAGCAAAAAUACAACAUGGGUGUGCCUGUAGAUUUCCAGCAGUAUGAAGAUGUCCACCUCCCUGCUGUGAUUCUCAAGACCUUCUUGAGGGAGCUACCUGAGCCCCUCCUCACUUUUGGCCUCUACAGCCACGUUGUCAGCUUCCAGAGUGUAGAAGAGGUGAAUCGUGUGGAUGUUGUUCGCAAAACACUCCAGACUCUGCCAGAAGAAAACUACCAAGUGCUCCGUUUACUGACAGCCUUUCUGGUGCAGGUCUCUGCUCACAGUGACAGAAACAAGAUGACAAACACCAACCUGGCAGUUGUGUUUGGCCCAAAUCUGCUGUGGGCCAAAGAUGUAGCCAUCACACUAAAAGCCAUCAACCCAAUCAAUACCUUUACCAAGUUCCUGCUGGACCACCAGAAGGAGCUCUUUGAGGAUGUGGAGGCCUGAAUCCAGGCCAGCCCACACCACCACACUGUGCCCACCUUCCACCUUCUUUCCCACCUUGUCUUGGAGCUGUGACCAAGCUGUCUCCAGCGCAAAGGGACCAUUGAUCCUCUGGGUGAUGAGCAGAACGAGGGCUGUGGAGAUGGUGGAGAAAGCGUGUACGUACGUAAGCGAGCAGGAGACCUGCUGCUCCGGAUGGGGAGGGGAGCUGGUCUCCCAGCUGCUGAGAGUGGAGUCCUAACCCACCUGCCAGUCUGUGCAGCUCCUCCAGGGCUCAUCACCAGUCUGCUGCCCUAUCAGAUGACCUGCCUUCCUUUCCUCCUUCCCUCACAUGCAGUUUUUCUGCCCUCCUGGUCCCUUCCUCAGCAAAGAUCUUCUUUCUUUAAGCUCCCAAUAGCCCCAGCUCACCCCCCUCGCCUCAGCUGGGCUGUCUGGGCUAGGGCAGGCUUGCUGGGUUUUGUGUGGCAGAGAUGUUCUUGCUGCGAGUGCCAUCUCUCAGCACUGGAUGUGCAUUCUGCCUUUCCCCAGAGGCACCUAAAGCAGGGAAGGGAGCCAGGCGGCCCAUGUGCUUCAGGUAGCAGCAUGUCCUGCACUUGCAAACACCCACUCCAGACCCCAUGCUUUUGGCAGGCAAGUGAAGGACAGGCUCACGGCACGUGGGCUGUAUUACCUGUCAGACUCCAAUACAAGGAAGCUGAAUUUAGCCCAAACCCCUCUGGGAUCACCGGCUCCAGAUACUAGUCAGUGUUUGCUGGGGUGUAGUGGGUGAAGUGCCUCCCAUAGUUACCCAGCUCGGGCGUGUUUGUCCCUCCAGCAGCAUUUCCAGCCCGGCUGGGAAGGUUCGUGCCAGACCUGGCUGUGCGGGGAGGGGGAGGUUGGCGGGGGCUCUUUGACAGCUGGUGAGCCUGGGUGGCAGGGAGCCAGUGCCCUGGUGGCACUGAACUGCUGAACGCUAAGAGGAUCGCUGCCUUUCCCUGCGGCAGCAGCACAAGGCCUUUUACUCCUCUGUCAGGCAUGUGUAUCUGUGCUGACUGGCACAGACCGCCUUGGUUAGUUGUCUUUUUGAGUAGACCUUUCCCCAGCACAGUGUAACAGAGAGCAUGGCCUUUAGGGAAGGUCUAGGGACUGGGGCUAACGCUCACCCUGGAGUGCAUCAGGCCCGGAUUAUGAAUUUCUGCCCAGGUGCCGAGCGCUCAUGUGCCAAAGCUGUGAGGGAACAGCUAUUCCAUGCCAAGGGCCUUUGCCCCAUCUCCUCCUCGGUUCAUUCCUUCCUUCCGUCCUACCUUGGAAGCCUGGUCAGAUGCAUCCUGUAUGGUCUGGGCACGGCUGGAGAGAUCGGGUUGUCCACAAAGCAGGCUCAGAGCGGGGUGAGCCUUGCCCAAAGCAGCUGCAAUACUGUUAGGGCAUCACUGUUGGUUUUGGGUUGCAGCAUUCCCGUUACCUGAGCUAAAAGGGAUCCCUCUCCUUAGCCUGGGCCUGGCAGGGUGUUAGCAGGGAGCUUCUAGCCUUAGUUCACUGGUGUGUUUUUAUCUUUUUAACUUGUGCCCUGGAUGCCUGGGCCAGGUCUCCCUGCUGCAUCUGGCCACAGGGACAAAUCUUUUGGACCAAGCAGAACUAAUUUUUAAAAAGCUACUGGAUGCUAAAUAGAAUUUGCUUUUUCAUAAUAUUUUAGUCUGCCUUUAACACUGACCAAAGGGCGGUGCCCCAGUUGUAAUCAAAAUAAGUGACAUCUGCUGCAGGAAUCAUGGAAAUUGCUCUUUCUGCUAAGCUCUGGAAUGGCGAUGGGUGCGAACAUAGGCAGCUCUGCAGGGCAGCACAGGUCCAGCCAGCUGGCUCAGAGGAGGUACACCAACACGUGGGUGGGAACAGUGAGCAUUACUGAGGCUGGAGCAAGAGAUAUUGUAGGAGAGGGCUGGGUCUGAUCCCUUCUAGAUACUGGGGGACUUUGCCCUGUGGAGGCUACGAGGCUGCUUAGUCUCCCACUGCCAAGAGUAGGAGUCUUCCCUGUUUGGCCAGGAUAUGAAUUGUUUCAGCCUGAACAAUUCACAGCAGUAACCAAAUAAAUGUUUUGGAGGUAGGGAUACUCAGCUCCUAAUUCACCUGUGAUCUCUGCUAGAGUAAGUUAGUAGGGCUGAUGUGCUGUGGAGGAGUAAUCUCCUGGGAUGGACAGUGUGGAGAGAGAUGUACUUGCCCCAGUGUUUGUUUUAAGAGGCAAGGCUUUCUGGACAGCCCGGGAGGAGCGUGGAGGCUGAGGGAGCCCAUUGCAGCCCCUUUUUCCCUGCAGGCACCCCGCUCUGUGUAGGCUUUGGUAUGGGGGGAAGACUUGGUGCUCUGAUCUGCAGCUGACACUGGCCUCGCUUAUAUCCCCCUAGAGAAAAGGCAAACCCAGCUAACUUCUCCUGGGACAAACAAACUCAAGGUUGGCAACUUGGAACGGAAAGUGCCUGUGUGUCAGGGCACGAGGCCUUGGCUCCCUGGGGAGGGUGGCACGUUCCAGCCCUGCAGAGCAGCAAGGACCAUUCCCUGUCCUGUAGCGAGAGAAGUGCUGGGGGUGAGCAGGGAUUGCUGCAAGUGUUCUGGCUGGAGUUUGUUUGGUGGGUGCUUUUUUUUUUUGGCCUUUUUUUUUUUUUUUUUUUUUUUUUUUUUUUUUUUUUUUUUUUUUUAGUAAAUUCUUGAGCUAAUGUUUCCUUUUUUAACAAAAUGGAGACUGGUGCAUCCCCUGCAGGCAGGGAUAAAAGCCUGCUCCAGUUCAGUGCCUGCAGGGAGCAGAUUUGGAGGGUGUUCAGGAAGCUGCUACUGCUCAUGGUGGGAAAAUGCAAAUCCUGGAAGGGACCCAGUGUAAAUAUCCCCUUUCCUCUGCUGCUCCUCGUGCUGGAGCUGCUGGGAGCCCUGGAGCAGGCACAGUAACCAGGGUUGCUUUGCUUCUGCAGUCUGCUCUCCUGAAUGCCUUCUAUUGAAAUAUCCCUCCUGUGACUUGAGCAAGGAACUGGCCUGGGCCUGCCUGCAGCCCAGGGGGUUAAAUUCCCUCCUCGCCUGGUCAGCCUCCUCACACAGGCAGGGUGCUGGCUGGGCUGGGUUUCACUGCCAUGUAUAGGUGGGGGGCUGUAUCUGAUUUAGGGCGCUGGUCUUUGUCGGUUUUCUCCUCGCUGUAGAGUUGCCCAAGGGUCUCUUCCCUGGCUCGUCGUUCAGGUUAGCUAUUAGCCAUUUCUCCCUGUGGGGGUACUUGCUCCACUUCAACCCUCUGCUUUUUAGCACCUAGACCAUUCCCCUCUGCUAAGCCUCCUGCUGUCUUAACGGCCUCUGAUCACUCCCUGCUCCCUGGCCCAAGCUAUGUCCUGACACCAGAGCUUUUGGGUGGUGCAGGGGGGCUGGGGCCAUCUUGGAUGCCUUGUGGCAAUUUUUGCUAAUUUGAGAGAGCCGAGGGCCCUUUUGGUCCCUCUUUCCUCUUCUAUGCGCAGGGGCUCCUGUGCAAAAUUUUUGGCUUUGCUUUUGUUGCUGGUGUUCGCUGUUUUCUUUUCUGUUGAUGUUCAUCAGGUGCAGGGCUGGGGUUUUCAUGGUUCACAUUGUUUAUUUCCUUCUAAUCUGCACCAAUCUUAUAUUUCACAGUUUGCACUUUUUGUAUUUCAAUAAAAGUCAAAAUGUAA